AUGAGUAAAUCAAAAGUGGAGAAUUUAUCCAAAAGUCCUGAUAAGAAAAAGAUCAAAAAUGAUGAAGUUAAAGCUUUCGAAUCAUGCCGAAAAUUUGUAGAUAAAGAAAGCGUUAAUAAAUCAUAUAGUGGUGAAUAUCUUGAUAAUGAAUCGAAUUUGGAACAGAAUAAUCUCGAAUGGGAUUUGAAAUUAGCUGAAGAGUACAAGUUGGAAGGACGAAAUAAGCUGGAGGAAACUAGCUUAGGUGGUAGAGCUGAAGUUUGUGAAUUAGUAGUAGAGACCGAAAGAAGUAAAAAGGGCAUAAUGGACAUAAGGAGUGCAGUGAAUAAAUUGGAGUAUGUUGAUAGUGGAGUAACAGAGUAUAAGAAGAAAGAUCAUAGGAAUGGUAAAGGUAAAAUGAGGAUCAGUGAAAUGAUUAAGAAUAAUGAGAAAAGCUCGAAGAAAAAGAAAAAGUAUAGAAUGGGUAAACACUUACCUAAAAUCCGAAUAAGAAACCUUGCAGGUGCUGAAAACUCUAAGGACAAAGUUCCUGGGGCUCUAGCUU